AAAGGACCUCUUCUGCCUUGUCAGAGAGAAAACGUGUUGCUGGUGAAUUCUCAGGAUUUAUAAGACUACACAAGAACAAUGAGUUCAUCCAAACUUCAGGAAAGUGAGGUGAGAAUUGAACACUCUCUGCAUAAAAAUGAGGAGGAGUUUAGAGUCAGCAGGAGAAACACUGUUCAACAAGGCCUGCAGAACCUUGGGAUACACUGCAGUGUGGAUGAAGUGCCAAACAUUGCAUUAUUGGGAUCUGGAGGAGGAGAAAGAGCCAUGGUGGGUUUGCUGGGAUCCCUGGUUCAACUCCAGAAAACUCCCAGUCUUCUGGACUGUGUCCUUUAUCUGAGCGGAGUCUCUGGAUCCACCUGGUGCAUGGCCUCCUUAUAUCAGGAGCCAGACUGGUCCACCAAACUAGAGGCGGUGAAAGACAAGAUCAUCCAGAGACUCAGCGGUCCUGCAGUCUGCUGGGGAGAUGCAUUUGCCAAACUGGAGAAAUAUUACAAUGAGAAAGACAUCUUCAGCAUGACUGACUUCUGGGCAGCGAUGGUCGUCACCACAUAUGUGAAAGAGAUCGAUGAACAACCAUUAACAAAGUAUUGGAACCAGGAGAGUAAAGACCCGUUUCCCAUCUACACAGUGAUCGACAAGCAAAGCAAACAGAUAAAGGAAGGAGACCCCUGGUUUGAGAUCACUCCACAUGAAGCAGGUUUUUCCCUUAUUGGAGCAUUUGUGGGAACCUCCAGCUUUGGCAGUCAGUUUGAUAAAGGCUCCAUGAUCAAGAAGCAGCCUGAAAUUGACAUGCUGUACCUGCAAGGUCUGUGCGGCAGCGCUUUAGCUGAUGGAGACGAGAAUGUGAAUUUCAUCUGGCAGUUGAUAAAAGAUUUCAUAAAUAAUUCUAAAUCCCCUGAUAGAACGGAGAAAGAAGAUCCAGACUCUCACAUAGGUUUCCAGGUGCUCUUGGACCUUGUGAACAUGAUUCUCUAUGUUUUGAAUGGCAAAGAUCCUUCGGCUCUUGAGGACUCCAUCAGAACAACAGUGAACAACCUCGCUGGAGACAAAAGUCAGCUGAUUUUUCAACAGGGGAAACUGGAUCUCACUGAUAAAGAAGCUGCAAACCUGUACAUGAAGAAUUUCACCAUGGAUGUAUGCCACAAUUUGAGUGUUCGGUUCAAUUUCCGUCUUACCGUCAACAUUUAUAAAUGCAUGACUCAGUGGAUUUGGGGCAGGAAAUAUGACUUUCUCCACAACAUGACAGUGUCAAAUGAAGCAGUGCCCGCCGCUCUACUGGAAAGUAAGACGAGAGACUAUGAAGAUGCGGGACUGUUGCUCAACUCGCCCUACUUCUCAGUGCUGAGAAAAGAGAGAAACACUGACCUCAUCAUUUCCCUGGAUUUCAGUCAUGGUGAUCCUUUCAUGACAGUGACGGAAGCUGCCAAGAUGUGCAGGAAACGAAACAUCCCUUUCCCUGAGGUCAACAUUCCCGAUGGACACUCAGAGAAACCGAAGGACUUCUAUGUGUUCAAAGGCAAAAACGUUCCAACCGUGAUUCACAUCCCUCUCUUUAACGUGGUCAACUGUGGAGGUAAAAUUGAGGACUGGAGGAAGAGAUAUCGCACGCUUCAAAAUCCUUUCAGUGCUAAGAUGAUCACUGAUCUAAUGGAGGUUGCUGGAAAAAACAUCUUAAACAAUAAAGCAAAAGUGGUGGAAGAGAUUAAUGCGAUCGUUGGGCAAAAAAGAUCCAGGCGCUAACAAGAUCAAAUUUAACAGGCAAAUCAAUACACAACUAAUAACAAACUAAAUACAGACUAAAUUGAACAUAGAUGAUUUAACAAUAAAUUGUGUUUCAUUUCUUUUUCUCUCUUUAAUAAUCACUUAAAAUUGAUAGGCAUUAAUGCUUUGUUUGUUUGCCCAUAAAAUCUUUAAGAUAUUAGGAUAAACUUAUUUGGCUUGCUGUCCACUGGAGAGGGGCUCGAUGAAGCCGCUUCAACUCGAGCUCUUAUACACCCCCAGUGGUGAAAUGUACGACCUGAAGAUUAAAGGGCGAGGAACCUAAGAUGAAGGUGGAGUUUAGGGAGGUGGAGGGAUACUGGAACAGCUGAUGCUAGGGAUUGGUAAGCGGCUGCUUAUAUACUCAGGCUGUUGAUUGAAAGAUUAGAUUGGCUCACUCCUCCCUAAUUUAUGUUUAGGAGCUUCAUUUAUUACUUUUUGUGCAAAAUGUGAUUUGUGUGACAUAAUAAGAUAAUCAGAUGUUGGUAAAGUUUGUGCUUCACUUCUGUUUAAUGUUGAACAUGUUUCAAUCUGUUUGAAAGAUCAUGAUUGACCUCUAUUAACAGCUGAUCAUUAAUAAAACUAAUCAUUAACUAAUUAUUAAGAAAAUAAGCACAAUAUCAUAUUAGCUACUUUGACAAAAAAAUUAUCCUUGUCAGUUAUUGUUUCUGUUCCAAUACAUUAAUAAAGUGCUCUUGAAAAAUAA